CGACUUUCUCAACAUUUGAUCUGCAAGGGGAUACAUCCCAUGCAAUGGCUCUUCCACUUUAUAUCCCGCCAUGCAUUCACACUCCUACCGGCCGGUAUCACUUUCCAACAUCUGACAAGCCCCUCAGAAUUCAAAUCGAGGGUCCUUUGAUCGCCAUAGGAAGACUCCUACCAAAUAUUCAGUGGCGUCUGAAUCUACUAGACCAAAAGUUCCCGCAGCCAGCAGGCCCGGAGCUAGCACGGUUGACGUAUCAGGCAAUAUAUAGGCGCGAUGUCUGCCUAGAGGCCCCCGGUGACCUAGUGGUCCGAGAUGAGUAUUUGGGUUGGAUGCCAGAAAAAUAUCCGGAAGAGUUGAUUGACUAUUAUGGUGUUACCUUUGACCAUCUUGUCCCAGAUGGCGAUAUCAAUCCUGAGGUAUUGCAGAUUAACAUCAUUGAGAUUGAGGAUGACGAUGGCGUUUAUGCAAAUUCAUGGCUUUUAUUCGCAGUAGACCCGGCUGAUUUUAUUGGGAAGAAGGUCCUCGCAGUGCCGAGAUGUUGCCAGAAGAGAAAGGGCACACAGGAUCGCUGGCGAGUGAAUGCACUUGUCGACCAGAGGGUUCAUGGAUGGGAAGAGAUGAAGACUCCUGAGGAAUGGAAAUUUGUAACUCAAGGAGUAGAGAGCAGUUUGCGUUCUACAAAGACUUAA